AUGGGCCUCUGCUGUCCUUCCCCACAGCAAGGAGAGCUCAACUCCUUCCUCUGGACCAUCCGCCGUGACCCCCCCGCCUAUCUCUUCGGCACCAUCCACGUGCCCUACACGCGGGUGUGGGACUUCAUCCCUGACAACUCCAAGGCCGCUUUCCACGCCAGCUCCAGCGUCUACUUCGAGCUGGACCUCACCGACCCCUACACCAUCUCCGGGCUGGCCAGCUGCCAGAUGUUGCCCCACGGGGAGAACCUGCAGGACGUGCUGCCCCGGGAGCUGUACCGCCGCCUCAAGCGCCACCUGGACUACAUCAAGCUGAUGCUGCCCCACUGGAUGACCCCGGACCAACGGGGCAAAGGGCUCUACGCCGACUACCUCUUCAACGCCAUCGCCGGCAACUGGGAGCGCAAGAGGCCCGUCUGGGUGAUGCUCAUGGUGAACUCCUUGACGGAGACAGACAUCCGCUCCAGAGGGGUGCCGGUGCUCGAUCUCUACCUCGCCCAGGAGGCUGAGAGGAUGAAGAAGACAACGGGCGCGGUGGAGAGGGUGGAGGAGCAGUGUCACCCGCUGAACGGGCUCAACUUCUCCCAGGUGCUAUUUGCCCUAAACCAAACUCUGCUCCAACAUGAAAGCCUCCGAGCGGGUAGUUUGCAGGCCCCAUAUACCACUGAAGAUCUCAUCAAGCAUUAUAACUGUGGAGACCUGAAUGCUGUCAUAUUCAACCAUGACACUUCUCAGGUCCCUAAUUUCAUCAACACAACACUCCCACCCCACGAGCAGGUGACGGCUCAGGAGAUAGACAGCUACUUCAGGCAGGAGCUCAUCUACAAAAGGAAUGAGAGGAUGGGGAAGAGAGUGAUGGCGCUUUUAAGGGAAAAUACAGACAAGAGUUUCUUCUUUGCCUUUGGAGCAGGUCACUUCCUGGGUAACAACACUGUGAUUGAUGUACUGAGACAAGCAGGAUUUGAAGUGGAGCACACCCCUCCUGGACAACCAAUUGGAAAUUCGAGGACAACAAAGACAAGCCCAGCCUUAGAAGGGUCCUCAGCGACAGCCCUGCCUGCCGUUCAGCUUUCUGAACAGGUCCCACUGACUUCUCCUUCCCUGAAGCCCCUGCAGAUGGAUGAAGACGACAGCCUGUCUCCUCACCUCCUGUUGCCAGACAGCAUCAGCCAGCUGGAAGAGUUUGGCCGGAAGAAGAAAUGGCACAAGAAGCAGCACAAACACCAUCGCCAGAGGCAGUUCAACGACCUCUGGGUUCGGAUAGAAGACAGCACCACCACAUUGCCUUCCUAUAUCAUGAUAACCAAUGGCUACAUCACAGUCAAACCUCCCAUUUGGAUUUCAAACCGGCUGGAUCAGAGACCCCGUUCAGACCUCCCAUCCCAGCCUCAGCCUACAAGCUCAGCCUCAGCCAGCAUUUUAUGGCCAUCAAUAACUUCUCCUCUCUGCGUGGCCAUAGCUUCUUUUCUUCUGAAUCUACUGCAGCCUUCCUGACCACAUUAGUAUUUUGUGCAAUCCCUCGGAGUAGAGAAGAGAGAUAAUUUAUGAAUGAAUUGGAGGUUAAGACAACAACAGUUACAAGCUGGACCUUUUCAAUGAAUCAGUAGUGCCUUCUAGCUGAUUUUGUCUCUUUGCCCAGAUGCAUUUUGAAACUCUAAAGCUUUAUUGUAACACUGACUUACAUCUUCUUUUUGUAGAAGGAUCUUUAUUUCCCAUAGUGCUAUGGGGUUUUGUAAAAUAUACAUGUUCAUAUACAGAAAAAAAAGAAAAAGAAAAAGAAAAAAUGUAUUUAUUCGACUGGUAAACUUAUUUUUCUUGUUGUAUAUGUUAAUAACAUACCUAUUAAUCAGUAGCGAUGGUGAAACAGAUAAAUUAAUAUUUUCUAUAUUUGUUUUCUAACUGACAACUCUGCAAAUGUCUGAACUGACACCAAAUGAAUGGCUUCUUUGUUUCUUUAACUAUUACUUUUUACAGUAACUGUCCAAUAAGUACAUUUCUGUUGAACUUCUUUAUUUUACAUUUUUAUAUCUCAUUAGCAUAGCUUACACUGAAUAAAGCAGAUCCUGCUUUCUGUGGCCUAUGUCCAUUAGAGAAAUAGGUGCAUUUUUAACUCAAGUUAGCUGCUACAACCUAAAAUCCCGGUUAUUUUUACAUGACUUAGUAAGUCAUUAGUCAAGAUAACUCUCUAAGUUCCCAUGUUGUCUUUAACUAAACUAUUUAACUUCUUUGGAAAUUACCAAUUUCCCUCUUUGCCCUGGGAUUAAUUCAUUAGCUAACGCAAAUCAAGACAGCUUUUUCUUAAUAAAAAAUGUCUUUUAAAGUCUGGAAUAAUCCCACUGGAAUUAUUUUCUUCUCUCCCUCAUGUUAUAUAAACACAAGCCUACAACCUUUCCCAGAGUAAACGAGAACAGAACUUGGUCUGUCUAUAGGGUAUAAAGAUGUAGUAUCCUGUUAACCUAUAGAACUUCUUUGUACCAGUUGUAUUAAUGCAAAUGGACAACCUGGAGGGCAAAAAAACAUCUACAAAUUAUUUACGUCUUGCUAAUGUGAUGCUUAGAGCUGGUAUUUCCAUACUGAAUUAUGGCUUGUCCAAAAUGUCUUCAGUACCACAGGAGCCAAAUUAAAACCUGCGUCAUGGAGAUGUUUCUCCAUUUGUAGAUUAGGGAACUUCUGUUGACUUAGAUGGAGACAUUAUGACACCUUACACUUACUGAAAAACUUACUCCCUAUCCAAACAGCUACUUUACAUGAAUGCGAUGAACAAGAUCUAUGGGGAAAAACAAGUCCAGCUUAAAAACUAUUACAUUUAAUAAGCCAUGUUGAUUUUUUCCCCCCAACAAGAUAUGGUGAAAAAUCCCUCUGAAUUUCAAUGAGAAAAUUAAUAUUGGUUGAAAUAGUGGUUUUCUUUCUAAGUCAUCUGCAAGCCAAGAAUCCAAAACAUGUGAUGAAACCAUCUUAGUUUAAAAAGAACCCAAAAAAAUACAAUGCAAAUUUUUACUUACCAAAAAACAGUGUUUUUUCACCCUGAAAAAAAAAAUUAUCAGAUUAUAACAAUUAUAAUAAUAAUACUGAUAAAAGUCUGUCUGAAAACAGUCAUGUCACUUUCCCAGCAGCCCUACAGCAUGGUCACCAGGACUGGAGAGGUGAUUCCAUGCAAUCUUAAAGUCUCUGUAGUAAGAGAGGGUUUAGGAGCCACUGUUUGUUUGUCCUUGUACCAGUUAAUUCAGGAAAGCAAGUUAGGAAAUAAUUAGACUGCAAAAGGCACAUAGUUUUAUUCAAAACCCUGCUGAAAUACUGAGUUUUUUUCCAUCAUGCAUCCCAACCCAUCGCUUUACAAAGGCCAGGGAGAAUACAGAUAACUUCUUUUUGACUUACUGCUCACUGUGACCUCCAGCCUUUGCUCUGUUUUUGACAGAAGGUUGCGUAGAUUUGUAGUCCAUCUAAGUGCGUACAGUAGACAGUGCUAUAAGCUACCCUUAUUUUUUUCAAGCACAACAGUUGAUAACGCUGAAUGGAAAACUUUGAGCUUUGCCCCAAAUGUAGGCUUCAAGCACGCCCUGUGCAUACUUUUAUAUUGUGUAUUUUGGCUAGCAGAAGAUGGGAGAUGUUAGUUUUGGACAGAAGCCAUUCACCUUGCAUAAUAUUUAUUGCACGGGGCUGGAUAUUGGAAACAUACUUUGAGAACUUUCAUUUCCAUUUUAUUUGAGUUGUUACCCUAGAAAUGCCUUCAUUUGAAUAUAAUGGCUUAACAGAUCUUCAAAUUCAACCUUAAUGCAUUUAAAAGAUGAUUGGCUCUCCUGCUGCAUUCAAGACAGAGAUCAGAACUGAAUUAUAAUGUCUUAUUUACAAAAAUGGAAUGGAAAUAAGGUAGGCAAAUCUUAAGGGUGAUGAUAAGUUACAUAGUAGAAGUGAACAGCCAACAAACUAAAACCCAUUGGAUUUUAUUUAUUGCAAUCUGAUCGAAUCCAGAAAUUACUCUGUGGUACCAUCCCAGAAAUAAUUCCAGGUGUUGGAAAACUUACAGUGUAAAUAGACAAGACCACAUAAAGAUAAGGGAGAGAGAAAAACAGAAACAAGACUGUAAGGAAAAACACCAAUGGGACCAAGACUAGAAAUUACAGUUUCCCAACCUAUGGCUUUCUGCAUAAGCCUCUGGGGCUUUUUUGAAUAUGAGGAGCACACAGGUAUCACAACACUCACAGCACUAUUAUACUGCAGAGAAUAGUCACCCCGUUUGGCACAGAUGAGUUUUUUUCCUGAGACACUCCUCCGCUGGACGGUAAUAUUCAAUAUUCAUUAGCUCAGAUAUCACGGUAUAUUUGAAUAUCACGGUAUGUAAAUAGCUUGCAUAUCAAGGUAUGCUUUGACUUAUUUGCAUUUCCUGGCAUUUUGUCCAUAAUUCCUGUGAAAUGAAUGAAUGUUAGUGGAGCUCACCUCAUAUCCCUUGCCCUGGUGCUCCACGUUUGUCAUCCUGCAGCACAAGGUGUUUCCUGGCUUUGGGGUCAACACGCUUGACUUCUGCCACAUCUGGCUCACCUGGUCAUCUGAGUUUCCUCUGGUUAGGGGAGAAGACACGAGUUAGAAUAAAUAGAAGAUGAAGUAGCUUCCUGCAGAUCCUCUCUCAGAAGCCCCACAUGAGUGGUUUCAGCACAGUUCUCUAACCAAACAUUUAUUUUCCUCUAUUGUCUUACCCUACGGUCUAACUUAAGGUAACUUUUUUCAAUCCGUGGCAUGUGAGCAUAGCAAUACUGAAAAAUGAGACCCUCACUGUGAUAGAUAAAAUGGAUUAUUUAUUAAUCAGCUACACCAGCCCAGUAUUAAUUAAAAUACACUAAUACUAGUUAGCACAGAUCUAUGCACAUCCAUUGCAAUGGGUCAUUAUUAUAUUCACCACGAGUUUAAAAAGUGUGCAUCAAGUUUGAUACGUGCUCUGGAAAUAACACUGACUAUCAGUUUCAUGGGACUUCAGUUUUCUCUGUGGGUUUCUCAGGAAAAUAGAAGCCGACUGUUUUUUUUUUUCUGAAGGAAAGCUCAGAUUCCCAUAUAAUCACAAGAUUCCAGGAGCAGGAUAUUUAACAAAAAUAUCCGUGUCCACUGUAUGAAAUAGCAAACACCGGUGAUACUGUUUACCUCUGAGAAACACAAUCAAGAGAGUCACAUAGUGUCUAGCAAUCAAGGACAUGAUUUUGGAUGAGUCCAAAGCUGAAUGUUCAUAAGAUUCAUCUUUUCAACACAGCUACAACUCACAUCAAUACAAUGCACAUUAUCUAUAACUGUAACAUUAUAAACAAAUGCUAAUUAUCCGCCAAGCUCUUGCCCUGGUGGAAUGAAAAUACCACCAGCAACAGACUUAACUUCCAUUUUUUCAUUGUUUUAAUGCUUUUCUUGCCUGUGUUUAACUGUGGAUGCUAUAUUAACAUGCAUUGCCACUUGGAGAACCAGUUAGUAAGCUGGGACAGAAAGUAUUUUAUAUUUUAUGACUGAUGUAGUUUCUCUGCAAUCCCUUGGGAUGUUGAAUAAUGCAAUACCUCUUCUGGCAAUAAAUGAUGAACAUGAUUUAUGAUAACUAUGCUUUAUACAGGUGUCAAAAAUCUGCUUUGUUGAACUUCCCUUUCCAUUCCUCCAAGCUCCACUGUAAUUUAGGAACACCCAAGGUACAGAGUUGUAUAUUUAUCUAAGUUCUUCAAUAUACAGUUGAGGAGAGGGAGAGAGAUGGAAAGAGGGAGAACUUAAUCUAUGUUUAGUGCAUUGAUUAGUCAAAUGAUGUGACCCAGUCAUUACCAUAUACCACUGCUACGGAGGAAUUUCCCAUCAUAUAUUUAUGUUAGAGAAACCAAAGUGCCAAAGUUAUUAUCUCAGCAUAAAUGUUAUCAUUCCAAACUUUGCUUAGUACCAUAAGAUAUUACUAUAUUAUAUCCAAAAAGCAUAUGGGCUUGUCAUAUCUCUGAAGUGAUCAAUGUUCCAUGGAGUGUGCUAGAGUUCAGCUUCAAUUUAAGCGUGUUUCAGCUUAAGUGAAGCAGAAAGAUAAUUGCCUAAUUUUGAGAGCAUAGGGUGUACGUGUGUGUGUGUGCAUGUAUGCGUGUUGUGCGCGUGUGUUUUGUCCCAGCCCAACUGCAGCCUUUCCUGUGACUACAUUUUUCAGGAGGCACCUUAACCUAGCUAAAGGUAGAGAGGUCUUUCCAAUAAGUAGUCAGUACUUUUCGUCUACAGGAAUGAUUAACCAUCCUGCAGCUUCACACUCACACUGAAUUUUGAAUUGCAUGUUUGUCAGUUUUCAAUUCAAAUGUAUUUCAAAUAUUUUUUCCUGUUCCGCCUCCUGCUUUUGUGAACCGUUUUGAAGAGUGUAAUAAAAAGAUGCUUUCUA